ACUAAUUAAAGAUCAAUAUUUAGGCUUUCCAACGCGCCCUUAACGAGAUUUCUAGCUAUUACAGUUCGGCUGUAAUCAACAGUUUUUGAAAAAAUUGUACGUUAAGUUACGUAAGUUCGGUUGCAUACGUUUUCUUCGUCGCUUUCGAAACUCCCGCGUCUUCAACCAGCAGGCGUUGGUGGCGUCGCCGCCCAUGUUUUCGUCAUCAUUUGCGGUCAUCGUUAAGAUGCUCGAUUGUUGAUGAUCAUUCGAAAAGUUUUCCUCUUUUAAAACCAUCAAUUAGCCAAACAUAAAGUGGAGAAGAUGAAGUAUUUGUAUUGUGCGUUGGUGCUUUGUGCUGUGUUCGCUACAGGUUGGUCAAUUAAGUGUUGGGAUUGUCGCUCGGACGCUGAUCCGAAAUGCUCGGAUCCCUUCGAUAAUACAACAUUUGCAAUCACUGAUUGCAAGCAGCAGAAAUUGGCGCAUCUUGGUAAUCUGCAGUCGACGAUGUGCAGGAAGAUCAGGCAAAAAAUUCAUGGUGUGUGGAGGUACAUCAGGAGCUGCGCUUAUCUCGGUGAACCUGGUAUCCAAGGUGAUGAGAGGUUUUGUUUGAUGAGGACUGGCACGUAUAACAUAUUCAUGGAAUACUGCACGUGCAACAGCAAGGAUGGAUGCAACACGGGAAGUCUGAAGGGUCUCUCCCCUUCGUUGCUCAUAUCCACAGUAUGUUUCUUCCUAUGGAAGAUCGUUUGAUUUAAUAACAAUUAGACUUAAGUUUUUUUUUUUAUUAUCGAGUGAUGUUCAAAUCCGUCCAGUUUUGUAUUUGAAUCUUUAUUCAACAUGUAAAUAUAUAUACAAUACGUUUUUUUUUUAUA